AUGAAGUACAACAUCCCAACGCUCAUGGCUUUGAGCCAGACUACAGGAGCUGACUGCAAGUGGACCUCUCACGCGUUCAAGUGCAAUCUGGUCCGAGCUGGUUCUUCAGAGCGAGCACCGCCACUCACCGCAACUACUUCCAACUGUAUCGGCUCAGCUGCAGCUCGACAAUCAAGCAUACCCCGACGUACCAGAAACAAAGUACCGCGUCAAUCAAGACUCUCGUCAAAAUCACACUCGACUUCACCAUCCACUCCCUCUCAAACAGGCUUUGCCCAGUUUCUGCAGACAUACUCCACCCUCACUGCCCAUCGAGUCACAGCAGGCGGGCGUAUCGUCCCAAUGGAUCAUACAUCUGGAAUACCCGUGACGACUGAUGAUGGUAUCUAUGUGAGCCAUAUUGAGUAUGCUGACGCGCAUGGCCGGUCAGAUAGCAGCAACUACAGCCACAUGGAUGCUCACAACACCAGCCCAAAUGGCAUUGUACACGCCAACGCCGGUGGCAAUAUCGGUGGUAGUGUGGACACCAACAUGCAUUCCAACCUGAAUGGUAGUAUGAAUCCGGACGUGAAUGCCAACAUGCCCGCCAAUACAAAUGGCAACAUUAUCAGCCGUGCAGGUGGUAUUGAAUGGUGGGUAGGUAGGCAAAACACGGUCAAUCGGCCUGAAACAGUAGGGUUUGCCGCCGUUUCUGGCCCAGCAAUCGCCCUGAACCCAACUAUCGAACCUUUUGUGCCCAUGAAUGGGGAGAUUUAUCCGAUCAACAACGCCGACCACUCUCGUGACAAUGAAUUUCUGCCCAGUGUGCCUGUGGAGUUCAAUAUCGAAGGUUGGGCAAAUGUUUGGCCACCUCUCUUUCCACCUGAGAUUCAUCAAAUUUGGUCCAAUAAUGACACCGUCAGACUGCGUCUUCAGCUCAUGGCUCAGCAGACCGUGGCGCCUCUUCGCUCGCUCGACUUUUACCCAGGACCGCCAAUGAUAGGUAAUCCCGGCCUCCCUCAUUACGUGCCAUGUACUCCCACACCUGUGAUCUUCGAAGGAGCCCAUCUUGCUCGGCCGGAAAUAAUCGGUCCUCGUGGCCGAUACUGGAGACGGCUCGUGGACAUCUUCUGGAUCACCAACAGCAACCCAUAUGUGGAUGCCAUUUAUUCUGGUGAUGAUACUCUGAACCUGGGCCGAUAUCAGAGUCUGCUGAACAGCUUGGUGGCGUGUGUCAGCAACCCAGUAGACAGAUAUGAUGCGUUCAUCUUGCUCCACGCCACAGAAUGGCUCCGGUAUCACGCAAUGUUGCUGACUGUGCUCUGCUCGAAUCCUCAUCUCAACGAUGUUUUCCACGGGCUCGGUAUCAUUCCACUGUUCUUUAGCCAGGCACGGCCUCUUGCGUAUGCAGCCGUUGAGCGACUCGAAACAAUUUUCACACACACACCAUCCGGGCCUGCAGCGGCUGAUCUGCACCGCCACAUCAUCGCCUUGACAAUGUUCAAUCGCUUCGUACCCUUCCCACAGAGCGAUGGUGAACCGGCGCACAGCGCGGCUGAUGAGGGGGUUGUGGGGAAUGUACCCGCGGCACAGCUACGAAAUGAUCCCCAAGACAACCACCCCGCCGCCGAUGAUAACUUGUCGCCCGGCGAUAGUGAGGAUCACCCUGACGGUCAACUCGCUUCCAUGCUGGUUGAUGCUGAGGGCGGAGAAGCUGCUUCCCCGACGGCCGUUGCAGGGGAGGAUGUUGAUGUCGCGAGCACACCGCAAUCGGCGGGUAUCAACGUCUCACCCUCGCAGGACGCGCAAGUCGCUUGUGAUCCAGAACGCAGCGAGCUGGGAGCUUCGGGGAUGGCGCUGAUUUCGUGGACGGUGCCGAAAAUUUCAAGCGCCAUACCCAGCUUCUUGCGGACUUUCAUGGUCACGGCGGGCGGCCCAACGGCGGAGGUAACACGGCGCAUCACCUACCGGACAAAAGCUGGACAGUCGCCAGCGGAGAAGAGGCUGGCGCACUCUCUGGUGUAG